AUGUUAGAAAUAUUCUGCGGUACGAGAACCGUAGGAGCCCUUCAAACAGAGCUGUAUUCUUGCCGACAAAGAUUUAACGAAUCAGUAAAAGAAUUCGGAAGAAGAGUAGAAGACACAAUGAUGGAAUUAAUUGAUGCAACUAGGGCAUAUCCAACGCUCAACGAAGCUAUCACAGCCGCGAUCGACGAAGAAAAGAUACAACAGGGAACUCGAAGAGAACCUGGAAAUAAUACGAUCAUUUGCAAUAGGUGUAACAAAAAAGGUCAUCUCGCACGCGACUGUAGAAGCUCAGGAAAUAGAAAUGAGAAUCAUGGUAACGGAAAUAACAGUUUACCGACACCGAGUCGAAGCAUAAAUUCUUUAUUUUGCAACAGAAGCAGAAAUAGAGGUUAUCAAGAUAAUAGACAACAGAAUAACGGUCAAAAUAACAGUCAAGAAAACAAUCAAGGCAAGGAAGAAUACACUUACAGAAUUGAAUAUAAUGAAGGAAAAAGGAAUACAAAUGCUGACGCGCUGAGUCGCAUAUACGCGAUCACGCUCGAUCAGAAUGAAACCACUGAUCAGCUGGAAAAAAGGGGGAAAGAAAGAACGCGUAAAGUCAUGAACGACGCGUUUUCAUCUUCUUCAACAACUACAGCCUCCUCGGAGAAUCGGUCCAUCCCCAAUUAUAAUGGCCGACUUGAUAAUCAACCGAGUGCGGCUGAAAAUAAAAAUGAGAUGCCCAUAGAGGACAGCGACGAAGGCGAUAACGAGAGUGAAACCGAACACCUCGACUCUGACGCGACGAACCUGAAUGAAAAAGGAAAUAAAGGAAUAUGUAGAAAAAUGCGACAAAUGCCAGAAAAUCAAAGUCAUGAAAUCAAAGCGAUCACCGAUGGCAAUCACCGACACUCCGGAAAGAGCAUUUAA